CGCAGAGCCACCGCAACAUGGAUGGAGCUCGCUGCUGGCGAGACGUAAUCUUGGACCUCCAACCUCCACUGGGCGCCGACUGCCUGCCACCUUCGACGUCCGGCUCACGAUCCCCCAAUUUCCAUUCCCGUUCCGCAAAGCAACACUUGAUUCUUCAACACACGAGCUGCAUUCGGCCGCAACCCCAUCGUCAACAUGGCAAACCAAACGCCGGCCGUUGUCAUGGACAACGGCACUGGCUUCUCCAAGUUAGGUUUUGCCGGCAAUGAUUCCCCGUCCUUCGUUUUCCCGACCGCCAUCGCGACCAAGGCCGCUGCCGGUAGCGCCGGGUCUGGCUCUGGCCGUCCGGCCGUAGCGAACAAGCCCUCUUUCCUCACUGGCGGUGCUGGUCCGACCGGCCAUCUCUCGGCCAAGCGCGGCACUGAGGACCUCGAUUACUUUAUUGGCGACGAAGCCAUCGCCGCCUCUUCUGGCCCCGGUUACGGGCUGCACUACCCAAUCCGACACGGUCAAAUAGAGAACUGGGAUCACAUGGAGAGAUUCUGGUCCAACUCCAUCUUUAAAUAUUUGAGGGUCGAGCCUGAGGAUCAUCACUUCCUCCUCACCGAACCACCCCUGAACCCCCCCGAAAACCGUGAAAACACGGCCGAGAUUUUCUUCGAGUCUUUCAACUGCGCCGGUCUAUAUAUUGCCGUUCAGGCCGUGUUGGCUCUUGCUGCCUCCUGGACCUCAUCCAAGGUCACCGACCGAUCCCUGACCGGUACUGUUAUUGACUCGGGUGACGGUGUCACCCACGUCAUCCCCGUGGCCGAGGGCUAUGUUAUUGGAUCAUCGAUCAAGUCUAUUCCCAUUGCUGGACGCGACAUCACCUACUUUGUCCAGUCACUCCUGAGAGACCGCGGCGAGCCCGACUCGUCGCUCAAGACGGCGCAGGAGAUCAAGGAGCAGUACUGCUAUGUGUGCCCCGACAUUGUCAAGGAGUUUGACCGCUUCGAUCGUGACCGCAGUCGCUUCAUGAAGCACGUUGUUGCGCACCCCGGCGGUCGCCAAGCGACUGUCGAUGUUGGUUACGAGCGCUUCCUUGCUCCUGAAAUCUUCUUCAACCCCGAAAUCUACUCGUCCGACUUUUUGACUCCCCUUCCCGUGGUGGUGGAUGGCGUCAUCCAGUCAUCCCCUAUCGAUGUGCGCCGCGGUCUCUACAAGAACAUUGUCCUCUCUGGUGGUAGCACACUCUACAAGGACUUUGGUCGCAGAUUACAGCGUGAUAUCAAGCAGUUGGUGGAUGCCAGAAUUCGGGCCAGCGAGGCUCGCAGCGGUGGAGCCAAGAGCGGUGGUCUUGAUGUCCAAGUCAUCACGCACAAGCGACAAAGGCACGGCCCCUGGUUUGGUGGCAGUUUGCUUGGUCAAACACCCGAGUUCCGGUCCUACUGCCACACCAAGGCGGAGUACCAAGAAUAUGGCCCAAGUAUUGUUCGGAGAUUUGCGCUGUUGGGUGGCCCUGCAGGCUCUUAGAGUAUGGUGUUUUUUUUGUAGUAAAAGCAAGCGAUGUUUUUGGAGAGGGCGGUUGCGUUUCUGCCGGACGGCGGCGCCCAAAAGAGAUAGGAAAGACAUGUUUUUUAUUCAUUUGUUGAUUUUUAGACCAAGUGA